CACAGAAUGGGGCGUCAGAGAGACAGGUGCCCUGGAGUCAUCGUAGCAUCCCACUCGGGCUGCCGUAGUAAAACCGUGUGACGUUGAGGUCUUAAGGAGGAUAAUCUACGUGCUGUCUACUCCACGGUAUUCUGUUUAUUAUUACAUACGGUCCCUAGCCAUAACGCCCGAUCUAACGAGGUACCAGAGGCGAUCAUCCGAACAUGGCUGCACAGAAAAUCAACGAAGCCCAUGAGCACAUCGCUAAAGCUGAGAAAUGUUUAAAGACAAACAUGACCAAGUGGAAGCCAGACUAUGAUAGUGCGGCCACAGAAUAUGCAAAAGCAGCUGUGGCUUUCAAAAAUGCCAAACAGUUUGAUCAAGCCAAGGAGGCAUAUCUGAAAGAGGCAGAGUACCACACGGAAAACAAAGCGCUUUUCCAUGCUGCCAAAGCAUAUGAACAAGCGGGCAUGAUGCUGAAGGACAUGAAGCGAAUGCCAGAAGCCAUUCAGCUCAUAGAAAAAGCCAGCAUCAUGUAUGUGGAGAACGGCACGGCUGGUACUGCUGGCAUUGCACUGGACAGAGCAGGAAAACUCAUGGAACCAAUGGAUCUGAUGAAGGCUGUGGAUCUUUAUCAGAAAGCUGCAUCAGUGUUUGAGAAUGAGGACCGAUUGAGACAGGCUGCAGAGCUUCUGGGUAAAGCAUCAAGGCUGUUGGUCCGUCUUCACAGGCUUGAUGAAGCAGCUGUCUCCCUCCAGAAAGAGAAAAACAUGUAUAGAGAAUUUGAAAAUUACCCCACAUGUUUUAAGAAAACGAUUGCGCAAGUGCUGGUUCAUCUUCAUAGAGCUGACUUUGUAGCUGCUGAUAAGUGCGUCAGAGAGAGUUACAGUAUCCCAGGGUUCAGUGGCAGUGAGGACUGUGGAGCCAUGGAGAUGCUACUACAGGGAUAUGACGAGCAGGAUGAAGACCUGGUGCACCGCGUGUGCCACAGCGCUCUGCUCAAGUACAUGGAUAAUGAUUAUGCCAAGCUGGCCAUCAGUCUAAAGGUGCCUGGAGGAGGUGGUGGCAAGAAGAAGUCCACUGCAGCACCACAGGGGGGCGCCGGAGGGCCUUCUCCUGCUGCAGCAGAGGAUGAUGACUAUGAAGGCGGCCUGUGUUAGCUUCUGGAAGUAACAAGUUUGAGUGUGUAUCGUGUCCAUGUGUGUGUAUGUACAUGUGUGUUCAUUUUUUACUCUCCUUUUAGUGUAACUCCAUAUCAGCUACAGCGGAAGCACCCUCCCACCCAUCAAUCCUGUGUAACCCAGAGGAACUAGUGUAUAAGAGAGACACAUGAAUUAUACAGUACAGCACUAUGGACUCCUGCCACACUCUGCUAGAUGUCUAAGCCUCAAGAGUAUUUGUUAAGAGGUACAGGUGAUUUGUUUUGCUGAAAUCAAUGUAUUUAGUGUGUGUGUGUGUGUGUGUGUGUGUGUGUGUGUGUGUGUGUGUGAAUUAUCCAUGUAAAUGUUCAGUCAUGUGUUUAGAAAUAAAUUUAUUUUUUAUUAAGGAUUUCUUUUAAAAUCGAAAAAAAAGUGCAAUCAGUCUUAUGUUGUGCUGUGUCAUAAUUGUAUUUGCUGCUGUGUUUAUUUAAGGAAUGGUAACUGUAUUUGGGUGUACUUAAAGUGAUAUUUAUAUAUUUAAAAAAAGUGUAUUACAGUGUUAUCCCAAAUAUAGCAGUGUACAGUGUCACAGACUAGAUGUAUAUACACAAAUGUAAUAUCACAAAAUAUGAAGUGAGUUAUAGCAUUGUUAAGGCGUGCCUGUAUAUUUGCUGCCAAGAUGCUUAGUAGGCAUAUCAUGUGUUUGUUUAGGGCACAGGGUGAGCGAGCACAGACCGUUGCCAGUAAUGAGAGAGCUUGACAUUGACAUCUUGACAUUUGUCUACCUCAAGAAAUCUCUAUAUAUAUCAUGGAUGCCACCUUGUGGCUGAGAACAUGGUGGUCAGUACCAGAGCUGUGCUCUCACAAUGCCAUGUCCACCACGUCUCCUCUGGCGAUUGUUCUACUAUGAAAGGGAAGUUGCGGAGGGAUAAGUGCUAAUUAAAUCAAUCACCAGUGUCCUAAUACCACUGAAGUACAUAGUGAUUCGGGCUUAUUUGCUAGGUAAACUUGACUGCUUUUGCAACUUGUUUUCAGAUUAAGUAUACAGCGGUGACAUGUUUGGCACAAAGACGGCUGUUUUUUUAAAUCGGAACACCUUACCAGUGUUUUUUUUGUGGUCAGUGAGGACACAACUUACACUGUAGGUGUAAUGUGAAAGCCGUUAUUGUUUUUUUUCCGUGCUGUUAAACUGGUUAUCAUUGACUACGAUAUGCAACACCACCCAGAAGGGACCAACAUGUCAAAAUAAGCUGUAAAGUGGUGAUCUCAUUCAGUAACCUCUCUGUAUGCCAUCCCACUCUCCUGCACAUGGUGUACUCUGAAUAUUAUCUAAUUACCCUUUAGGAAUGUAUGGCUCUUACCUGGGCUUGUAUGACUGAGAAGGUACAGUGGUGGUCCUGAUGUGCUGAUUUAUAUUUAAUGUGGUCCAGGGCUGUGGCUCCUCUAGGCUUCAUCAUUAAUGUAUGUGUGUCCUGCUCUUGUGCCACUGCCUCACGUUUCCAGUCUUUGAUGCUAAGGUGCAUUAGUCAGAGUGCUAUCUGACCAAGCGGCUGGUCAAAUAAUUAAGUGACUAGUUGACCAUUUGUCUGAGAUAACCUUGAGUGCCAUGAACUCCAAGAGGGUCUCUUAGAAAUUCUGCUGUUUAGAAUUGGAACUGCAUUGCAUGAAGUCAACCACAUCUUGUAGUCAAUCCACAGUUUAAUCCUCAUUUUAAGUAUAAUAUACCAAAUUAAAUGAAAAUACUUAGACUUUGUGGGAAAGGGUAUGACUGCGGCCAAGGUAUCACCAAUAUCACCUUGUUUGUUAAGCAGCUGGUCAGGUAGCACCUGCCAUAUCCAAAACACUGUUAAUAAAAUUUCAAACCUA